AUGGGAUUCAUCAGAUUGCCUGGAUCACCCCAUCUCUCUCCGGCCGUCCGACCUCAAAACGGAUCGACUUCAAACUCUUCGUCGUCGUCAAACUCAUCUCGUCCUGUCGCACAAGCAACAAACUCACCUGGUCCCUCACCUUACCUUCUUCCUCGGUCACCAGCCCUACGAUCGUCUUCUCGGAGUCGGUCCAAAGGUCUUUUCAGCAGCAGCAGCAGCAGCAGCAGCAGCAAUAGCAAUAGCAAUAGCAAUAGCAAUAGCAAUAGCAAUAGCAAUAGCAACAACAGUAGUAGCAAUAAUCACAAUCACAGUAAUAGUAACAGCAUUAGUAGCAGUUCCCAUAGUCAUAAUCUUAAUCACAGUAGUAGUAGCUUUAGCUCAUCAAGUAAUAGCUCAUCAACAUCUUCCUUUGCAAACAAGUUCCGCUCCAAAACUGGCACAACACCAACCUCGUCGCCUAAAAUCCUCCCCUCUGGUGCACCGAUCCCCAAAUCACCGGCCCUCGGUCCUCUCACCCCUAGAUCCCCGGCUCUUCGUCCUACAAUCUCGGGAGCAUCUUCCACUGCCUCCCCGGCCCUCUCGGCAACUACAUCAGCAUCUAUCGCAGCCACAAUCUCUCAACAGCCACUCCCCCCUCCUCCCCCCAUCAAACUUUCCUUCAGUAUCGAAUCUCCUCCACUUCUUAUGAUUGGCUCCCACACUGAGUCUACCGGCGCGCUGCUAUCCGGGCUCUUCACACUCAACGUCUUUGAGUCAACACCAGUUCCGCUCCGCUCAGUACACAUCUCUAUUAUCCAAAACGUUUGCGUCAACAUUCCACCACCUCCAACUUCAGGGCUCCAUCACCAUCUCCACCACUCUCCAUCUCUUACCUCUACAGCUAGCCCAGAUAUCCCACCCUUUGGUAACUUUUUCCCCUCGGCUUGCUUGACAUGCGCAGACUGCCUUACACAUACUACCGAACUUGCACGCUGGGAUGUUUUGGCCGUCCCCAAUAAACUGCCAAGAGGUGCUCACGCCUACCCCUUUUCCCAUUUGGUCCCGGGAUCCGUGCCAGCCACAUCAACCAAUCCAGUCUACACGGUUGCCUACAAACUGGUUGCUGUUGCAGUCCCCGACACGGGCUUCCCAAGCAAUAGCAGCGGCUUUUCUCCUAAUAAGCCCUACACUAUAGAGAUGCCUCUCGACAUUAAGCGCGCCAUUGUGCGAGGCCCAGACCGUGCUUCCGUGCGCGUUUUCCCUCCCACUGACCUUAUUGCGCACAUUUCCAUGCCCAACGUGACUUACCCAGAGUCGACCAUCCCACUCGAGAUUUCCCUUGAAGGUGUAUCCAUUUGCUCGGAAAAAAAUACUCAUAAUGGUCGCAAAACCCGCUGGCGUAUGCGGAAACUCAAUUGGCGUAUUGACGAAACUUGUAAAAUGCGUGCUGCCCGCUGUCCUAAACAUGAAAACGCACAGCUCCCGAAAAAGGCCCGCAGCAUGUCAUCUUCAUCUUCCCGUAGCGCCGCAGGUCCUACCUCAGUAAGAGGUGGAGGCGGAGCCUCUUCAUCUUCUGCUCAUUCUCAUGCACAUGCUGGUUCUACUUCUGGCGCGGCCAAUGGAGGGUCUCCACAAACUGGUGCUGCGUUAUCAUCACGACGCGGAUCAUCAAAUGCAGCAUCGGCGUCAACGUCGGCUGCAGCUACACCACUUAUGGUUCCACCUCCAGCAGUCACCAUUACUCGCCAGUCACCGUUGUUGAUGCCUCACGCAGGAACCCCUCGGUCUAUGGCUGCUGCAGUUGGUGCAAGUAAUUCAGGUAUUCCAUCGUCGCCUCUUGGAACACCGUUGCAUGCAGCAGCCCAGUCUCCUCGUCAUGGCCCUAUUGCGUUUUCACACUCACCUAUAAGUGGUGGUAGUACUCCUGCAACAGCUCUAGCUAAUGGUACUGGUAACGAUUCUGCACCUCACCCGCCGUCGUCUCCUUCGUUACGAGAGAUUAUGAAUACAGACUUUGACUUUGCUCUUGAACAGCGAUUACAACAAGAACAUGAUCGUCAACAGCAACAAGAACAAGAACAACAGCAGCAGCAGCCACAGCAACAACAACAACAACAACAACAACAACAACAACAGCAACUACCACCACCUCCACUACCACAACCUAUUGAGAAUCCAUCUGACAUUCUUAUGGAACAUCAACGGAUAAUGUGCGGUGGUGAAAUUAAGAGCGACUGGAAAACAGAUUUUACAGGCAAGGGCAAGAUUGAGCUUCUUGCGGAGCUACCCACCAUUCAUGUAUCACAUAAGUUGUCUAGCAACAUUAUUGAUCCGACAUAUGGACUUGAGUUAUCACACUCGCUAGUGGUUGAGAUUGUGGUUGCUGAGGAGCUUGUUCCCACUAAGGGACAUUACCAAGCGACAUUGACUGGAGCUGCUCGUGUACUUAGAAUGCAGUUUAAUUUGCUUGUGACGGACCGGUCAGGUUUGGGGAUUGCAUGGGAUGAUGAAGUUCCUCCACGGUAUUCGGACGUGCCAUUGUCACCACCUGAUUACGAAAAUGUGGCGGGAAAUCUUCCUCGUAUUGAGGACUUGAUGCUUUCAGAUGAUGGAGAAGAGUUUGAGAGUGCUAGAUCGCAGCCCUCGGAAGCAUAUGAGACGGCCAAGUCAAGGUCUGAGGGGUCGUCCAUAUAUACUGAAUAA